AUGCUCCGCCGGCUACAACACAUACCAGCUGCAAGCGCAAGCUGUGCACAUCCCAGGAGUCCUGCGGAAAGAUCGGAGAGAAGGCAGUCACGGAAGCCCCGGCCUGGCCUUCACGGAAGGCCUGGCGAUGGCAGAUGCACUCCCCUUCGGCCACUUAGUUUGACAGGACAUGCCAGAGUGCAAAAUCCAGCAAACGAAUUCCAGAAGGCUUGUCGCCACAGCACUUGGGAACGUCUCUGCUCAGCACUCUGCUGGAUUGCGUGGACCACCGCGGAUCUGUCGUCAGCCCGUCUAAGGCAACUUACCGAGCAGAUUGCUGAAGCUCAACGGACUGCGCAAGGUCUACUUGUGUCAGGCGACGGUGGCGAAGGCCAGAGAGAGGUGGUGGCCACACCAUUCGUGAUUCAAGCUGCUCCGAGGUUGCCACUGCCUCCGGCACUGCGCUGCUGCAUUGUCACAGCUCCGUCGCCUCUCUCAAGACCGGCUUCGGCUUCGGGACCCGACCCUUUGAUCCUUCGCAGGGUGAGGCUGGAGAGUUCUGGUGGACCUGCUUUGGAGGUCUCCGAAGGAACAGCUUGUGAGCUCUAUGACUGCUUCGUGAACGGUUCCGUGAAGCUGGCCAGGAGUGCAUCAGCUAAGCUGGUCAGAACACAUGUCUUUGGCGCUGCUGGAAGCGGUGUGGAAGGCAGAGCUUUUGCACAACUCGUGCUGGCGGCUUGCACCAUCCGAGAUUGCGUCGGCAACGGGCUUCUUCUAAGACAUGGACAGGCUGACAUCUCCGAUUGCACAAUCAGCAACUGUGGCCAAAGCGGUUUAGUGCUGGGGCCCGGGACAUGGAGGCUUUCGGGGAACACUCUUUCUAGCAAUGGUCAGUAUGGCGUCUGGGCCGAAGCCGGAACGAGAGCAGAGUGGAGACAAAGCCUUUGCACAGGAAAUUUGCUCGGUGAUAGAGGUGGCCGUGGAGAGUUGGCUGGUUGGCAAGGGAGUGGAUUGGCACCACACGAAGAGUGUCGUAUUUGGAGCGAGCCGAAGGGUAAGUGGAUCAGAGCGGAAGUGAGGGAAACUGCAACUGCUCAAGAUGAGGUCGUGGUUGCAAUCAGAAAGCGGAAAUUGGCUACAAGCCCUGUGGAGCCGGACGACGAUGGGCCAGACGCGGGAGAAAGAGAGCCUGGUGCUGAGGCUGUUGCUGGAGGUCUGCUGAAAGUGCCGGCAGCUGGAGUACGGCCACUGUGCAGUGGGGGCCGAGAGCCACCAGCAUUCUCCCAGAAGGCGGCGGCAUUACGCUUCGGUGGCUAUGCGCUAUUUCUAGCCAGUGGCGGAUCCGGGCGGGAUGGCUGGCAGCGGCUCUCAGAGAAGUCCAAGGCGAAGUUCCGAGCAGACUCCCGUAGAGAGCGCAGGAGUAAGCUCACCGCAAGCAAAGACAAACGGCGUCGCUUAAAGACCAGGGCCAGGGCCGCCACAGCUUUGGUUCGUCGCAGUCCGAAACCGGCCUGGCUUCGCAAGCUGGUGACCAAGAACUGGCUCAGCAAGAACUCGACAAAAAAGGGUGGGCGACGUCGCGCGAAGACAGCAAUCAGUGGUUUGCACAUGACACGUGCUGAGUUCGAGUGCGCUUUUGGAGGCUCCUGUGCUCCGCCGGCAUUGGGUCCAAGUGAUUUGAAGUAG